GUUUUAAAGAUGGACUUACUUUUCUUCUAGGGUAACUUCAUCUUCUUCAUAGAGGAGAGCUCUUGUUGAAGGUUCUAUUAUAUCACCAAAAACCAUUUUUCAAGCCUCUUCACUUGGUUUUCCGUUACGAUUAAAUGAAUGACUUUGAAGUUUGCAAAUUCUAGGGUUAAGUUAUAAACUUCAGUUUAUAAACGUAGUUGACGUAGGUGGAGAGGUUAUUUCCAUCAAAAUAGUGAUUUUGAAACAUAUUAAAAGAAGAAGUUUAAAACUUUAAAAAUGGGUGAACGCAAGGGUCAAAACAAAUACUACCCCCCGGAUUACGAUCCAAAGAAGGGCGGCCUCAAUAAAUUCCUCGGUGUUCAUGCAUUAAGAGAACGCGGAAGAAAAGCCCAUCUGGGAAUCAUCAUCAUCCGCUUCGAGAUGCCUUACAACAUCUGGUGCGAAGGCUGUAAAAACCACAUCGGAAUGGGCGUACGUUACAAUGCAGAGAAGACAAAAGUUGGAAUGUACCACACUACACCUGUAUAUGAGUUCAAAAUGAAAUGCCAUUUGUGUGAUAAUCACUUUCGGAUUAAAACAGAUCCUGCUAACUUAGACUAUGAGAUUUUGGAAGGUGCCCGCCGGCAGGAAAACCGCUGGGACCCAACACAAAAUGAACAGAUAGUGCCUGAAACCAAGGAGACUCAAAAACGCCUCUUUGAUGAUUCUAUGUACAAAUUAGAGCAUGGAUCAAAUGAUCUUAGUGCUGCUGAAGCAGCAAAACCAAGGCUUGUCAGUCUUUUCAAUAGGAAUGAGGAUGCCUGGGCAGAUUGCUACACUGCUAAUCAGAAACUCAGGGCUAGUUUUAGAAAAAAGAGCAAAGAAUUAAAACAAUCAAAUUCAAUUGAUACUGAUUUGCUGAGGAAAUCUAGUUUAAAUAUCACACUGCUGCCUGAGGAUGAAGAUGAUAGACAUAUGGCAGCUAUUUUGAGCAAGAAGCUUACUCCUGUUAAUAAUAUAGAAGAGAAUACUAACCUGUUGAGAAAGAGUAUUAUUAGUAAAUCUGCUUUGCCCACUAGUUCAUUCACUCCUGAUAAAGAGAGAAAGGCAUUAAGGGCAUUGUCAUCUACUUUGAUAGAUAAAAAUAUUGUAAAAAAGAAAGUAUCUGAUGAUAUUUCAAUGAAUUCAUCUAAUUUAGAAAUAGUUAAUGUGAGUCAAAGUGUAGAAAAGGUAAACAAUGAGGAAUUGCCAAGUAAAAAACAGAAAUUGUGUCAAGGGUUGUCUUUACUUGGUGAAUAUGGCUCAUCAAGUGAUACUGACUGAUUAAAAUUAUAUUGUAACUUGUUCAUAUAAUA